AUGCCUUCUGCAAGCGACACUCUUACCCUCAUCAGCUCUUUGGCGCUCCGUCUGAGCAUCUGGAUCUUUUUGCGAUGGAUACCCACGACCAUUGUGCCUGCACUCGCAACCGCGCUUACGCUGGUCUACAUCCCAUCCUUCUUCACGAGCUUCCAGGACACGGCGCAGUACAAGAUCAUAUCAGAUGAGCUCGACAUCAUUGUCAAGGAGACUGUUGGUGGAAGGUGCGAUGAUUCGAGCGACGAUGUAAAGCUCAUCGAUGGUGCAGACGAUGGGCCAUUGGAGGAGCUUGACGUUCAGGAGACUGUCGAGUAUGAAGAGAGGGAGUCCAAGGUGCUGCGUACUCUGCUCACUGGACUUCCAAGCCCUUCAUCUGCAUUCUGGAGCUGGGUCACCUUUGGCAUCAACAUGGCCCUUCUUGCCAUGGCUCUGGAUGUUGUCUAUCGCGCACCGCUGCUCCAUCAAUGCCAUGACGCGAGCUUCGCCCGUGUCGGAUACGUGUCGGAGACGAGUGCCAAAAUCCUCGUACGCGAGCCGUUUGCCUUUGAUGUGAGGGUUCUCUAUCGCUCUGUCGACCAAGUCGAACGCUCAUGGAUGCACAAAACAUAUCCCGCAAGCAAGCCCGGUUACUGGCUCACCAAUGAGACCGACUUCACAACUGUCCUGGACCUCGAGCACCUACGACCCGACCUGCCGUACGAGUACAUUGUCGAGACCUCGCGCGGGAACAUCACCGGUACCUUUACCACUGCCCCACAACCAGGACAUAUAUCGCUGCUCAAAGACAACAAAUACACGUUUGUCCACUCAAGCUGCAUCAAACCUCGCGUACCGUACACACCGUUCCAACACCCGCUCGAGUUUCCCGGUAUGAAGCACCUCGCUCGCUGGCUGCCCGAGCUGAAGCCAUACUUUAUGCUUUUCCUAGGCGAUUUCAUCUACGUCGAUGUGCCACAUCGCAUAGGAAGCGACGCUGAGACGUACAGGCGCGAGUAUCGCCAGGUGUACUCAUCGCCAUCUUGGCCAGCGGUCAGCAACAGUCUCCCCUGGAUCCACGUCAUUGACGACCACGAGAUUCAAAACGACUGGAACAGCAACAUGACGGGCGUUGCUGUCCCGGCGUACGACGCCUUCACGCACUACAACGCGGCUCCUAACCCACCUCCCCAUCGAGAAGGCGUCACAUACUUCUCCUUCACCCAAGGUCCAGCCGAAUUCUUCCUCCUUGACACACGCCGAUACCGCAGUUCUGCCACUAAGGACGCUUGGGAUCCCUCAAAGACUAUGCUCGGCGCCCAACAGCUAUCCGACCUCGUUACUUGGAUCAAAAAGGAGCCUCCGAGUGGCGUGCACUGGAAGUUUAUUGUAACCGGCACGCCUUUUACCAAGAACUGGCAGUUUGGAUCAGAAGACACGUGGGGUGGGCACUUGUACGAGCGCAGACGAAUUCUAGAAGCUGCGUGGGAUCUGUCGUCUACGCAUGAUAUCGGCGUGGUGGUAUUGAGCGGGGACCGCCAUGAAUUUGCCGCGACGUCGUUCCCACCGCCCAAGGACGGCAAAUGGCCCAUGAGUGCGACGGUGCACGAGUUCAGCACCAGCCCGUUGAGCAUGUUCUACCUUCCGUUCCGCACGUACAAGGAGAUUGACGACGAGGAUGUGUGCUUGAAGUAUCUUCCUGACGGCAACAGCAAGUUUGGGGCCGUGGAGAUUACGACACCCGAGCAUGGGGAGCAGAGUUUCGUCACGUAUCGGCUGUUCAUUGAUGGAAACGAAGCCUGGACACACGUGGUGAAUACGCCUCCGGGGAGAGCAGGAAGUAACAGGGCGAAGGAUGCGGUGUGGGGAUGA